UCUUUAUACGCCACCACCAAAUAUUUGAUAACAACAUUUUAUUUAGGCUUUUGUUUGUUCUUUUCGCAAAUUGUCAGUGUCAAAACUAUUUAUCUAGUUAUGAGGUAUCAAUAAUGAUAGCAUGGUUAUCAUUGUUUACAUAUUGAGCACUGGGGUAUGUAUCGGCAUACGUAAAUAUGUAUUUAAUCCAACGUCGGCAUGAGCUUUAUGAUACAUAUAUUAGAUAUACAUACAUACAUAUAUAUAUAUAUGUAUGUAAACACUUGUUACUUCAUAGGUGCAACACUGUAAGGAAGCAAACAUUUAUUCGUUAACAGUCGUUUAGUCGUGGUGCGUGUGACCUGUUAGCUGAUUAAAAAAAAAAAGCUAAAAUAAAUUUUUGUUUUAUUAAUACUAUAAAUUUCACACUGCUAGUUGGCGAUGUUGCUAAAAUUUUCGCUUUGUGCUAUUUUUUGGAUUUUUCAAAAUGCUCUAAUGGCAUAUUCCUUGCACACACACAAUGAAAGUAUACACACACAUUUGCCUCGACCUUAUUUGUUAGCCGAUUUGGAUGCGAAAAUUUUUGGUGGCUCACCUGUUGCCAUCACCAGUGCGCCGUGGCAGGUGUCGGUGCGUCUAAAGGAAUACGAAAUCGUACAAUUUGGUUAUGGGCACAUAUGCGGCGGUUCGGUUAUAACAACGCGCGUGAUUGUCUCAGCAGCACACUGUGCAAUCUAUACCAACAUAACGCCGACGGUAUAUCGUUUUCCCAAUGACUUUACAAUUGUCAUGGGCUCUGUUUAUCUACAAGAGGUCACACCGUACACACUGCAGUAUAAUGUAUUGGAAGUGGUGCCACAUCCGGAUUUCAAUUUACAACCAUUAGAAAAUGAUAUUGCUUUAUUUUUCAUCAACGGCAAGAUACCAACAAAUUAUCCAACCGUCUCACCGAUACCGCUCAAUCGUUUGGCUUUAGCGGCGGGCCUUAAUUGCACCGUUACUGGUUGGGGUGUAACAGAACAGGGCAUAACUUGGCCAGUGCUGUUGGGCACUGUGGUGCCUAUAGUCGCCACUGCACAAUGUAAUAACAGUUACAGCGGUACAAUUAUGAAUGGCAUGCUUUGUGCUGGCUAUUUGUCGACUGGCGGCGCGGAUGCUUGUCAAGGCGACUCUGGUGGUCCAUUGGCUUGUAAUGGCACAUUGGCUGGCAUUGUUUCGUGGGGAAAUGGGUGUGCUAAGCCUGGCUACCCCGGCGUGUAUACAAAUGUCUCCGAUUACACUAACUGGAUAUUGUUGACCAAUUCCACUUUCAAUUAUACGCGUUACGGUGGCGCUUUGGGUUUGAGUUGCGGUCCACAGCAAUUGAUGUUGCUCGUAUUCUGCCUGCUGAAUGUUUUGUUGUGGUUUAGAGUAAAUUAGCGUGAAUAUUCGAUUUUUUGCUGUUAAUUUUUAAUGUGAUAUCUGUUUUAAAGAAAUGAAAAUAAAAUU